AUGGAUUCUUGUUUUUGCAACACUGGCGAUUUGCUAAUGGGAUCUCCAUUUGAACCUUAUGAAGAAACCGCAAUGAUGGAGGAAAAACACGCGAGUAGUUUCCGAAAACCGAAAAGUCAAGAUUCGGUGACCUAUGUCAAUUCCUCUUCGAGUUCUCUCUCGACUCUUGACCAAGAUGCCAUCACAAUUACAAACAGUGCAAGUGAUGCUUCUAUGCCCAAAGCAGGCCGUGCUUCUCCAAAGAUUAUUUGCCAACCACGGAAACACAGUACGGCGAUCGCCAAAUCGGUAGAUUCGAAACAUCCGUUUUUGAUGGGGCGGACGGCGAUGGUGCUCAAUUCGGAGCCAUCAAAACUUACAGUGCCCAGGGAGUGGUCAUGUACGCAGUUUCGAAAUGAACCUUCCCCGCUACGCAAGGAUGCCUGGUCCGAGCCGAAAGCAUCCAAUUUUCAAGUGAGAGGGAAGAACUACAUUCUAGACGGCAAAAAGUUUCCAUCCAAAGAGGCAGCCUUCCAACUAUUGGCUGUUGAUAUGGUUCAUUCAGAAGGUACCAUCCGCGAAGGCUUGUGCGGUCAUCCUAACGAGCGUGUUCAACGGGCUAUCCGACGGGAAAAGGAAACUGGAGUUUCACAGCUUCCUCCAUUUAUUUUCGCAGUCAACUUGUCAAUACCUGGGACUCAAACCUAUCAUCUCGUUUCCUAUUAUGCUGUCGAAAACAUGGAAGAAAUUGAACACCAAAAGACACCCUUUGGAAGAAUAAUGAACAAGUUCAUUUUUGGAGACUCGGAUGAAUUCCGCAAUGAAACUUUCAAGUUGAUCCCAAGAAUCAUUGAAGGAAACUACAUUGUCAGAUCAGCUGUGGGAAGCAAACCCUCCAUUAUCGGGAAGAAAAUCAAACAGUACUAUAUCUUGGGAGAGCGAUACAUGGAGGUUGUCGUUGACAUUUCGAGUGAUUCCAUUGCCCAACGAAUCGUUCGACUGGCCCUAGGCUAUUCCUCAAAGCUCGUCACUGACAUCAUGUAUGUCCUCGAAGGAAAGGACGAAGAGGAGCUGCCGGAACGGAUAUUUGGUGGGUUGCAGCUUCGAAAGAUUGAUUUGGGGAAUAGGGACGGCCAACGCAAGGUUCAGCGAUGGAAAGUGUAG